GCACCGGGGCCGCCGCCAGGAAGUGACGACAUCCAUUCACCUGUCAGCCGGGUCGCCCGGAAACCAGGGCGCAAAGGUUAGCGCAAGAUGGCAGCUGAGCAUGGACAGUUACGGAACCUGCGAGAUUUUCUGCUCGUUUACAACAAGAUGACAGAGAGCUGCUUCAACAAAUGUGUAACCAACCUGAACUACAGACACCUGACGCACAUUGAGGAGACCUGCAUCAGUGGCUGUGCCGGAAAGCAGAUCUGCACCAACCAUCGGCUGAUGAGCGCCUACAUCCAGCUUAUGCCGAGCAUCGUUCAAAAACGGAUGGCAGACCUUGAGAAGAAGGCCGCUGAGGCCACACCAACAGCGAGUGAGGAGCCGUCCACUGGAGCAGAGUGAAACACCCAACAUACGGCUGGAGAAUUCCAUCGUCGCAAGAAAGCGCAGGGUUGUCAGGCAGGAGCUGGCGAACCGUGACUUCUCAGAGGCCUCCCUCCUUCCUCUUCAAAUCCAUUCCCAUUCUGUCUCAGCAACAGACGAAACUCAAUUAUCGCUAACAGAGGCAUAGCUCUGCAGACCGGCUGACCCCCUUCCUGGCAUGGCCUGACUGCAAAGCGAGACGAGCCUUUGCAGUGACGAGAGCUCUGCGUAAGUGCAGACCAAAUGAUUGUAACACACUGAGGACAGUCUUCACAGAUCUGUCCAGUUUGGUUUCACGUGAAAUGUCAGCAACUGAACAAUAAAAUCCUGAGACCGGAAACCAAACAAGCGUCUGAGAAACUAUUACAGUGUAACACAACCUGUCUGGCUUCUGAGUGAGCGAUUUGCAAUUUCCAUUGCAGCUCCUGUCUGUGACAGGAGUGAGAUGCUGUCUGUGGUGAAGUUUCUGGGACACAAUCACUGCACUGAUCAACAAUAAAUGGAUUCAUUUCCA